AAAACUUGUUACUUCCACCUGGGCAGCUGCCGGCAGGCGCUUCAGUGUAAUUUUACAUCCAGUAUGUGCUGGUGAGCAAAGCUGGAGGAGAGACUUCCCAUGGUCCCACCCCCAGUUGGACUCUGCCCUCCCCUGCCUUCCUCAGCCUUCGCUCUCUCCGCUGCUUCGCCUCCCUCCUCGUAGCCCCGUUUGCCACGGAGCACGCCGGAGCCCCCUGGAUGAACAGGGAUCCCCGCAGGGGUGGCGUGGUCCCCCCGUCCUGCCCGACGCCUCUCCCCGAGCCCCAGGCUGGAUCAUGCAGUGCUUCCGAAGGCAGCCCAAGCGCACCGUGUCCCAGGAAAACAUCCUACGGGAGCAGAGCCGUAGAGUGGCCGCGUUGAACGGCAUCAGGCUGGGCCUGAAAGAUGACAAGGAUCUGAAGUUCCUUCUGAAAGGCAGCCAGCUGCUGAAGGUGAAGUCAGCCUCUUGGAGAAAGGAGCGGUUUUAUAAGCUCCAGGAGGACUGCAAAACUAUAUGGCAGGAAUCGAAGAAGAUGCUGAGGUCUCCAGAGUCACAGAUCUUCUCUAUUGAAGAUAUUCGGGAUGUGAGGUCAGGCCAUAAAACAGAAGGUAUGGAAAAAUACGCCAAGGAUGUCCCGGAGUAUCGCUGCUUUUCCAUCAUUUUCAAAGACCAGCGGAAAAACCUGGACCUCAUUGCGAGUUCAGAGGAUGAUGCCAACCACUGGAUCUCUGGCCUUGGGAAAAUCAUAGCCCAUAGCAACUCCAUGAACCAGAAACAGAAACUCCAACACUGGAUUCAUACGUGCUUGCGGAAAGCUGAUAAAAACAAAGACAACAAAAUGAGCUUGAAAGAGCUCAAGAACUUCCUGAAAGAAGUGAACAUUGAAGUCGAUGACUAUCAUGCCAAGAAGAUUUUCCAGCCCUGGUGCAGAUUACGACUAGCAUAUGCCAGAAGGAAAGAAGGUUUUCACUCCUUCUCCCCUCUACGUUUACAGCAUUGUGACAAGUCCAAAACAGAGGCUCUGGAGGAUGAUGAGAUAGAGGAAUUUUACAAGAUAUUGACAGAGAGGAAGGAAAUAGACACGAUCUUCCAAAAGUACUCAGAUGCAGAAGGAUUCAUGUCCUGCCAGAACCUGGUGAGGUUCCUUUAUGAGAUGCAGCAAGAAGAAGAUGCUGUUGUCGCUGCCCCUGCCUUAAUUCAGAGAUAUGAGCCCAAUGAAAGAGCCAAGAGGGGUAAUGCCAUGACCAAAGAUGGUUUCCUGAUGUACCUCCUGUCUGAUGAUGGAAAUAUAUUCAACUCCUCCCACCGUAAAGUUUACCAGGAUAUGACUCAACCUCUCAGUCACUACUUGGUGUCAUCCUCACACAAUACCUAUCUUAUGGAAGACCAGCUCACAGGUCCAAGCAGCACAGAAGCCUAUAUCAGAGCCCUCACCAAAGGCUGCCGCUGUGUGGAACUCGAUUGCUGGGAUGGCCCUAACUCAGAGCCUAUCAUUUAUCAUGGCUACACUCUCACCUCCAAGAUCCUCUUCAGUGAUGUCAUUAAGGCCAUCAAGAACUAUGCUUUCAAAACCUCGCCAUACCCUGUCAUCAUCUCCUUGGAGAACCACUGCAGCGUUGACCAGCAGAAGGUCAUGGCCCAGCACAUGAUGACCAUCCUGCAGGACAUGCUCUUGGUUGCCCCAGUCGAUGGAAACAGAUCCCAUUUCCCCUCCCCAGAGCAACUGAAAGGAAAGAUCCUUGUGAAAGGUAAGAAGCUGAGCAAGCAGGAGGACCCCAGUGGAACCAAUGGGAACAACAACCUGGAGGCUGAGGAUGUCUCUGAUGAAGAUGAAGCAGCUGAAAUGGAAGAUGAAUCUGUAAAGACUGAGAUACAGCAGAAGGGGAAGAGUGAUACCUUGAAGCUGGCCAAGGAGCUAUCAGACACAGUUGUCUACUGCAAGAGUGUUCAUUUCAAUGGCUUUGAGGACCCCAGCCAUCCUCGGGCAUUCUAUGAGAUGUCAUCCUUCACGGAGAGCAAAGCUCUGAAACUAGCCCAGGAGUCUGGAAACAGUUUUAUUCAUCAUAACAUCAGGCACCUGAGCCGGAUCUACCCUGCAGGCUGGAGGACAGAUUCUUCCAACUACAACCCCGUUGACCUGUGGAAUGUCGGCUGCCAGAUUGUUGCCCUAAAUUUCCAGACAGGAGGCACAGAAAUGGAUGUCUACCAGGGUCGGUUCCAGGACAAUGGGUUUUCUGGGUAUGUCUUAAAGCCAGAAUUCCUCCGGGAUGAGCAAACCAAAUUCAAUCCAAAAUCCAUCACAGAAGGAACAUGGGGGACAAAGAAGAAGCUUCUGCUUAAAAUCAUCUCUGGUCAGCAGCUGCCCAAGGUGAACAAAAGCAAAAACUCUAUCGUUGAUCCAAAGGUAACGAUAGAGAUCCACGGCGUCCAACAGGAUAACAACAAGAAGCAGACCAAAGUCAUCGAAAACAAUGGCUUUAAUCCGAAGUGGGACGAAGAGUUUACAUUUGACAUAGAGAUCCCUGCACUUGCCCUGGUCCGGUUUGUAGUGGAAGACUUCGACAUGUCGACCAAGAAUGACUUCAUUGGGCAGUAUACCCUUCCCUUCACUAGUCUGAAGCAAGGUUACCGCCACAUCCAUCUUCUAACCAAGAAUGGAGACCCAUAUUCCUCCUCCACCCUCUUUGUGUACGUCAAUAUCCAAGACUGUGAUUAGCAGCCUGGCUCUUCCAGGGCACAGUAAACCUCGUUACAGACACAGAAGGAAUUCAGAGUGUGAAGUCUGACACUACCAGGGUCCCAUCCAAUCCCCAGUGCCUUCUCUGGAGCAGCACAUGGUGGUCCACAGGACCCCUGAUGUGAAACACUCUGUAUGCUGGAAGCAUCCUAAUGCUGCUGUUGAGAUGAAUCCUUUUGUACCUGUUUGACUAAUCCAGCUGUGUUUUUAGUUCACUUUAUUUAGUGUGAUGUUUAACUUUUGCUUUUAGUGAGAGGAUAGGAACUCCUUUUUAGCAAAGUACAGCUCUUGGGAUAGGUUUGGUCAGACAUCUGAACAAAACACCCACCUUCUAUGCAAGGAAAAAAUCCACCCCAAUGCUGAAAUCAGUGGCCAGAUGCCAGGUAGCUUCUUGUAACUUCAGAUGUCAGUCAUCUUUCACCGUAUGAAGUUGUAAAUGGGGACACAGUUCUCCUCUGUACAGAUUAAAAGAGGAAGCUGCACUACAAAGGCCUGUGUUGCAUAACUCGACUUGCUUUUUGUAUUUUAAUGAUAAAUACACGAACACUACUCAGCCUCUGCUCCUGGCUCUGGGCCAGGUUGCUUUGCCUUCAAAGCCUGGCUCUUGUCCUGUGAAGGAGAGAGAAGCUGCCAAAUAGCAGAUUUCUCUCUCACCCAAAGUGAAACCUGCUCAAAGGGACCUCAGAGAAUGUCUUUUGCCGAUGACAGCGGAAAUCAGCUCAACUGACGGUUUUCUUUUUAAUGCAGUAAAACUUUGUGUUUUUAUAGGAAAAAGGGUCAUUUUUUAACACAGAGGAAGUGGCAAUAGAAACCCUUGUAAAUCAUAGAAUCAUAGAAUGGUAGGGGUAAACGUUAGCCCUGUCCUAGUUGCACUGUAGAGGAAACCUAACACAAAGUGUUUUGAACAACAACUUGGUAUUUAUGACAAGUGUUUUUUUUUUCAAGUACAACUACAGAGUUAAGGGAAUAUUAUUGAAAUAAAAUAAUAUAUAUUUUGAAACAGCAGUGAUGUUACUAACUAUAUGUUAGACUAUUAAAAGUAAAAAAAAUCUGGAAAAGUCCAACUGCUUGUCACAAUUUGCCUCUUUGUCUUACUUGAAUACAACACACAUGAAGUUGGAGAGAGACCUGAUUUAAUUUCUUCAAGCUAGAAGUCUUCCUGGAGUUUUUCAUACCUGGGGGUGGAGUGGACUGGCUGUUACCAAGGAGGUUAAUGUCUAAUGUUUGUUAAUGUUUAAACAAAUUCCAGUCCACUCACUCCCCCAGAUAUGUUUUGACUGGUCCUUGGCCCCACUGUAAAAUGAGGUUUCAUUUAAGCCUACCUGGAGUUUGUUAAGCUGCAGUAACCAUUGCUGGACACAUUGAUUUUUUUUCCUCUUCACUACAGUAUUAUGUGAUGUUGUAAACCAUUGCCAGAUUAAAUGUGAAUGAUAUCCACAA